AUGGAGGAUUUUUUGGACCGAGCCGGAGCCUUAAUGGAGACAGCUGAAACUCUCUCUAUUUCAGAAGAAAAAGCCUUAUCUGUUUUGUGGCCACGGAGCUCACAGGAAUUACCACACACUCAUUCUGCUAAGGAUCUCUAUAAUGACCUAUCCAGAUUAAAAAAACGUGAGGUGGAUUUAGACCUCCACGGAGUUUUCUUAUCUGAUUAUUAUAGGUCUAAGCGGAUUCCAAGGGGCUUUCGCAUAAGGAAUGCUCCAACGAUUGGGAGACAGAAUCCUGAUUUCUGCAGGAAGUGGAUGAAUAUUUCGAAUAAAUGCUCUCUGGACUGGAUGGUGAUUGUUAUUGAGGAAGUGGGAAGAGAAUUAAUCCAAGUUAAGAAAUCCAUUCAAGAUUUUGAACUUACUCAUGUGACAGUGUUACAAGCUACUCCAUCCACUGAAUUCAUGUUAAAGUUACAGAAUGAUAUACAGAAAUAUCAGAAUGAUUUGAUUAGGUUUAAGAGAUUAAAGGUUGAAAAAGUUAACCAUGAUUACAAAUAUCAUCAAGUAUAUCGUUGGUUAAGUGGAUCGGAUACCCAGACAUGUAAUCCCACUCCAAGAAUUAGAACGCAAAUUAGAAAGCCAUCAUUGCAAACAGUAUAUAUUAGUUCAGGAGAAUAAGCAUCCGAAGGUGAUAACAGAGAUGAUCAAACAUCAAAGAAACAGGUUACUUUUUUAAAGGGAGGUCAACAUAUGAACGAUCCCCCACGGAUGACCAACAUCACUACAACAGACGGACGAGACAUAGGAGACACAUCAGACGUGGACAAACGAAUUACAAGAAAUACAGGCAACAUAGGAAAACCUCCCAGGCAACGGAGGUAA